CAUACAGGCAGAGUGUGUUACAGACUACCGGUCGAGCAGGGCUCCCGGUAGGGCUCACGGUGCGGCUCGUGCGCGCGGCCCCAUACAUUGUAUUGUGUUUUGUAUUAUUUAAUAGUGUAAUAAAUGUUGUAAAAAGUGGCGACGAGGAUGGGAUCCUCUUGCGCAAGAAGGAUCCUACAGAACCUGCGGCAGCCAUCGCGUUUCGUCUGGCCUUUCUGCAGCGUCAGUGCAGCGGCCAUCGCGAUGGCACGGUUCCCUGUGCCUUUGGAUACCGCGGAACAUCGGGCCGCCGCCACCGCAGACACCGUGGCCCCGGCUGCUGUCCCAUCACUGGCGACCGCUGCAAUGGGCAGCCGGCUACACACCACCCACUGCAGCCGCAUAUCAAGGGAGACGGCACAUUCCGCCCCGGCUCGAGCACUGCAGCACGUCAUCGGCGAAGCAGCUAUCCCGCCGCAGCUCGAGCCCAGCAACACCAACAGCAACGCGCAAGUUGCUUCGGCUGCAGCACCGCAGCCCGUCAUCGGCGAGGUCGCAUUCCCGCCGCGACUCGAGCCCUGCAGCACGUCAUCGGUGAAGCAGCAAUCCCGCCGCAGCUCGAGCCCAGCAUCACCAACAGCAACGCGCAAGUUGCUUCGGCUGCCGCACCUCAGCACAUCAUCGGCGAGGUCGCAAUCCCGCCAAGGCUCGAGUCCGCCUCAUCAUCGGCAACCCGCAGGUUGCUUUGACUGCAGCACGGCAGCACGUCAUCGGCGAAGUCGCAUUCCCGCCGCGACUUGAGCCCCGCAGCACCAACGGCGACACGUAAGUCGCCUCGGCUGCAACGCAGCAGCCUCGCAUCAUAGGCGACGACACAUUCCGCUUCACCUGCAGCAAACCCAGCACGUCCAGCCAGAGACGCCAUCGCUGUGGCCGGCCAUUGCUGUCGCCGGUCAUGGCCCUGCCGGUGCAAGGUUUCAUCGCGGCACCACCCUCACCUCCCGGCAGGCGUAGCAGCGACGCUACAA